AUGCUGGAUAUGAGACGCAAGCAACUUGCCAUAAAUUAUUUUCACUCCCUUAAAGCCAAGCCCGAAAAUCCGGCAUAUGAACACGUAUUUGAAAAUGACUUGCUCGAAGUCUAUGCUAAUCGCCUUAACAUCUCAGCUCCCUUUGGAGUAAGGACUAAAGCGCUCCUCUCGGACCUUGGUAUCGAGGAGUACCAAGUAAGCCAAUGCUACCAGAGUGAUAUUCCUCCCUGGUUAGUAUUAAGUCCCGAAGUUGUCCUGUCACUUCACAAGUACAAGAAAGAAAACACUUCUAAUUUAGUGUUCACGCAGGCUUUCCGGGAACUCUUGAGUGCUCGGGCACGUUGCGACAUAAUUUACACUGCUGGAUCUAGUUCUGAGAAUGGCACCGGAUGUGCGUUCAUAACGGCGAGUCGUGAGUAUAGAUUCUGUCUGCCCUCUGUAGCGUCAGUCUACACGGCAGAACUGACCGCUAUUUUUAAAGCAUUGAACAUCGUCUGCCCCAGGACCAGAAGACUGGUCAUCUGCUCCGACUCGCUUAGUAGUCUGCAAGCAAUCAAGGACAUGUAUCCAAAACAUGUCCUUGUGCGCGACAUCCGAUGUGCCAUUCACAGACUUCAAGUCCAAAAUAUACAGGUUGUUCUGGUGUGGGUGCCCGGUCACGCGGGAAUUCCCGGAAAUGAGCUUGCCGACAGGGCUGCUGGGAGUGCUCAUGAGCUUCCUCCUUUUACUGCUAUGGUGACAGGGUCAGACCUAAAGCCAAUGGUGAAGGAGAAGUUAAGACGAGUUUGGGGUGACUCUUGGUCUCGGACGGUGCGCAACAAGCUAAGAGCCAUAAAACACACAGUAGCUCCCUGGGGGACAGCCAUCCGCGAGAACCGCAGAGAGGAAGUAUUGUUGUGUCGGUUGCGGAUCGGGCACACGCUGCUGACUCACGGGUACCUCAUGAGCCGUGGGGAUCCCCCGGAGUGUUCGUGUUGUGGAGUGGCUCUGAGUGUCGAGCAUAUUUUGGUCGAAUGCCGUGAUUAUGCAAUGCUAAGACGAUCUUGUCAGUUCCCAGCAAGUCUAUUCGAUCUGUUGGGGGAUGAUGAGUCAGUCAUUGUAAAGCUUUUUGAAUUCUUAAGAAGAACGAGUCUUAUCUCAAAGAUUUGA